AACAACGACAAACAAAAUAUGGAACUCAAAGUUUGGGUUGAGGGCAUACAGCGUAUUGUGUGCGGCGUGACGGUAAAUACAACUUGCCAGGAUGUGGUUUUCGCCUUGGCCCAUGCAACGGGCAAAGUGGGUCGCUUUACGCUCAUCGAACGCUGGCGUAAUAAUGAGCGGCACCUCGCCCCAAAUGAGAAUCCCAUGAAGCUGCUGCUCAAAUGGGGCGAGUAUGCAAAUGACGUGCAGUUUAUAUUGCAACGAUCCGAAAACAAGCAGCAGACCCAGACUCAGCCACAGCCACAACAGCAGCAGCAACAACAACAACAACAGCAGCCCAAUAAUAAUAACAAAUAUGCAGUAAUGACAACGACAACAACAACAAUAAAAAAGCCACUGGGCCCCAGCAACAACAACAACAACAAUGUCAAUGAUACAAAAUUGACGACAGCGCCCACAUUGCAAAAACAAAAGUCCAGCGUGGAGCUCAGCUAUCGGACAAAAGAGCUAAAAAAAAGUUUUGGCGGCUACGAUGCUAAGCAAUUCGACAAUAUUGGCAUAGUCAAAGGUAUACCACAACAACAACAACAACAACAGCAGCAGCAACAACAACAUCCACCUCAGCAACAGUUGCCGCCGUCAAGCAAAACGACUCCAUUGGUGCCCAAGCAUGAGAAAUCGCUGUCAAAUCCACUGGACAUGAGCAGCAGCGGCAGCAGUGCCAACUGCAACGUGCCAGCUUUAAAUGAUUACAACGAUUUAUACAACAACAACAGCAGCAGCAACAAUGGCAAUCAACAUAUUUACAGUCAGCUGAGCAAAUCCAGCAAUGAACUGCGACGUUCCAGUCCCAAUGAAUUGUGCUACAACAACAACAACAGCAAUAACAACAGCAACACUAACAACAAUAGCAAUAGCCAUAGCAGCAGUGAGCACUUGUGCGACAUUUAUGCCAAUAGUAACAUUAGCAACAAUAUCAACAACAACAACUCGCCUGAGCUCUACAAACAGACACCAACGAUUUCAUCAAAUGGUGCAUUGGUGCCGCCGCCGUAUCGUGAUCCGCCACCGCCACGCAACAGUCCCAUGUGCCAGACACCUCGCUUUCCACCCAGCAACAGCAAUGCCGAAACCAUAUCAAAUGCAUCUUCCUCAACGAAUCCAUUUCUCAGCGAGUACGAGCAACACAACAUUAACAUUAACAAUAACAACAAUCAGAGUGGCAAUCAGUGCAUGGAUGAGGGCGACAGCAUGUUCCAGGCCACGCAAUACAAUGAUCUGUUGCAGCUAAUCAAGUUUCAGCGCGAGAAGAUUACCGCACAACAGUUGGAGCUGCAAAAGUUCGAUUCGGAAAUAGUUUAUCUUGAGAGCAGGGAGCGAGAUCAUGCGCACGAAUUGGAGGCCAUUUCCCGUGAAAUUUCCAAGGCCGAUCAAAUCUUUCGGCAAGGCAGUGAACAGCUGCAAACGCUGCAAUAUGUGGAGGAGGAAAACGAGCUGGUCAAACAGCAGGAGAAGACACUCAAGUCGGAAAUUGCGCUGCUGCGCUCCAAGUUGGCCAACUGCGAGACAGAGUUGCUGCAGUGUAAGAACAAAAUGCGUUUGCUCAUGGAUGAUAUUGAGCUGGAGCAGCAGCAACAGAACAAUAGACAAACAGUGGAGCGUGACUUCCUCAUGGAAAUGGAACGCAUACAAAGCGAUAUUGAUCAGGCCCUACAUAACACAGACACAUCCAAUAAAACGGCAGAUAACCUUAAAAAGGAGCUGCUGAUGAUUGAGCAUGCGAUUGCGGAGAAGAAGCGUCAAGUGGAGCAGCUGGUCAACGAGAUGAAGGAGGUGAAUCUACAAAGUCUGACCGUAACCACCACCGAGGAAAUUAAACAUCUGCUGGAGGGACCCAAUAAACAGGGCAGCAGUCGUCGCAUCAUUGGAUCACCACGUCAGCUGGAGACGGCGGUGCCCACCAGCAAGAAUCCACACGGCGUUUGGGUCUAAGAUAGCAUCUUUACAAAAACAAAAAAAAGCAACGAAAUAUUUUUCUACACUCAAGCAACUUGGGGGAACAAAAAGACGAGGAAAUGAUUUACAUAUCUUGUAUGCAUAAAGCAGCGCGGCUAUAUACACUAUAUCACAUAUUUGGAAAAACACACAAAUUUACAACGAUAAAACUUAUGCAUCUUUUCUUCUUACAACAAAUAUCUAAUGGAUCUCUUUAAGCAAUGUUAAUUGUUACAAAUUUUUAGACACGAACCCACAUACCACACACAAUAUUAACUUAUUAGUGCACAAAAUUAUGCUAGAUUUAUAAAACUAGUUGAAUUUGUUUACUAGUUCUCAAACGAAACAUUAUCACCUGCCCACAAAUUUGUUUAUAAUUUAAAUGUACUUAUAUCUAUUGUGCUAUAUCUACUGAUUUUAUUUAACCUAAAUAUUAUAACAUUUUUUGUUGCUAGUCUAUAAAAUAUACAUAUUAUUUUCUACCAUUCACCAUGCGCCAUUAGAAAACGUAAAUUGUUGCAAUAAUUGUAUCUAACGAAACUGUAAACGCCUUUUUAUAAUACACUUAAGUUGUGCUGUUAGUGAUUUAUAACCCAUUCCAUUAUAAUUAUAAUAUGUACUUAGCAGUUAGCGCAGGUUUAGUAAAACAAAAACAUAAACAAAUUAGCAAUUGCUUUGUUGAAAACUGUUUCCACUUGGAAAGUGUUUAGAAAACGCUUAAAAUUAGUCUAAAAUUGCAAAGUGUGUUAAACAAUUAGUACUUUAUACAUAUUUUGUAGCUAUUAUUGCAAAAUGCAUUGAAUUUUUUUUAGUAAUACUAUUUAAUGAUUCCAACGCAACGGUUAGCCAAACCAAUUUGUUUCUUAGGGCUAUGCAACAGCAAUAUACAUACUAUAUGUUUUUUAUAUAAUAGGUAUAUCAACUAUUAAUUAACUAAAGACACAAAUUUUUAGAACAAAUUCUAAUUGCAUUAUUACUAUUAG